AUGGAAGAAUCCUCACAAGGAACUUCAAAAAUAUUCAGUGUUAGAAUAGUAUCAAUUGAUUACUAUAUGUCUCCCCCAAUUCCAGACCUUGAUUUUUCUUACAGUAGCUUUCAAGGUGGGAAGGUGAAUGAGGUUCCUGUGAUUAGAGUGUAUGGAUCGACACCGGCUGGUCAGAAGACUUGUUUGCAUAUUCAUCGAGCUUUGCCAUAUCUAUAUGUUCCUUGUUCGGAUAUAGUUCAGCAACCGGAGUUGGAAGGUGAUACUUGUGUGAGAGUGAUAUCUUAUGCUCUUGAGAAGGCACUGAAGCUCAAAGGUAGUGCUGGUUCAAAACGGCAGCAUGUGCAUGGCUGCAGUCUUGUCCGUGCAAGAAGGUUUUACGGUUAUGAUGCAUCUGAGCAACUAUUCGCAAAGCUCUACCUGUAUCAUCCACAGGAUGUCUCUCGCGCAGCAAAUCUUCUUUUGAGUGGUUCAGUUCUCGAGAAGAGUUUGCAGCCCCAUGAAUCGCAUAUUCCAUUUCUUCUCCAGUUCCUGAUUGAUUAUAACUUGCAUGGCAUGGGACACCUACAUGUAUCAAAGAUAAAGUUCCGCCAUCCAGUACCGCAUGUUUGUACAAAGCAGAAGCAGAAGACAAAUUACGAUCCCCAACAUAAGCAACAGACAAAUGAGUCUUUUAUAGCCACUGUCUCUCAGGCAGAUUCAAGUGUUAAUGUUUGUCUAGAGUCACCAAUCUGGCUGUUAUCCACUAUUCCAGACACUUGGAUUUGGCAUUUCCCUAGUCAAGAUCCAGAGUAUAAUCCUGCUAAACGUCAGAGCGUCUGUGAACUUGAGGGAGAUUCUGCUAUUGAUGAUAUUUUUAACCAGCAAUCUAAGCUGUACUCAUCACUGUCACAAACCCUUUCAGAUGCUAGAAUGGUUCAGUCACUCAUUCCAAUUUGGGAGGAAUUUGAGAAGACUGGAAUGAAUAUGGAAACUAUGUCAUCUGAUCCAGGAAAACCUAGUCCGCAUAAUGUUUUGAAUACUUUGUCAAAUAAAGCAGAGUUUGAAGUCAAACUAUUGGAAUUGUGCAAUACAGAAAAUUCUUCACCAUGUACUCCAGUCAAGCCUAACAAAAUGUUCUCACAAUCUAUAAGAUCUUCCAGUGAUGGAAAAGAUAUGGUUGAAAGGGGAUAUGCCAACCUUGAAAAAGAAAGCAGCAAACAUUUACAGACAUCAAAUCAUACUACACUUCUGUUAUCACAAGAUUCUCAAUGUCGCUAUACUGCAGAAGAUCCUGAGGCUUUGAGGCUUUUAAACUGGCUAGCAUCUUCUCAAGCUGCAGAAGAUAUAAACUCGGAUGAUGAACUUAGAAGGGAAACCAUUUUAAGCCCAAUGAUGCCUGCAACAACUAUUAACGAGGUGCUUGAAAAAGCUGAUUUAGAAUUUGUAAAUGCAUCCCAACAAGAGUGUCAAGACAUCCUUGAUUCUGUUCAAGUUUCAACAGAUAUAGAAGGUAAAGCUCAAAGUAAAAGUAAAAAUGAGUCGUCUUCUCAUCUAUUAUCAAUGAAAGAGAUUCCUCAAGUGGAUGGCUCUGGGGAUAGUAAAAAACUGAUCCAUCACACUGGCAAAACAUCUAAGAUAGAGAAGAGCAAAGAACGAGUGAAGCUUGCUUCUGGAUCUAGUGUUAACAUAAAACACAAAAGGAAGGGUCUCCAAUGGAGCUCUUUGCCGUUUUGUUUGUCCGAGAGUAUGAAUGAUGGUCAAACAUCGGAUUUCAAAGGUGGUAGAUGUGAAAGUGAUUUGAAAACUGAUACAGAAGCUUGUGCUGGAAGUACAAGUGUUGGAUGCUCAGUGCGGGAUCUUAUGAGGAGAAAGCGUUGUAAUCGGGGCGAGUCUCCAAAAGUUGAAAUGCAUUAUGAUGUAAAGGGUACACCAGAGGAGGAAUGUAACAAUAUAUAUUCCUCUUCUAAACAAAGGAGCGAUCAGGAAAAUAUCAGCUCUCCUACCGAUUCCAGAUCAGGGUGUUCUUUUUCUGGUGAUCAGCAAGACAUCACUCCGCCUAUCAGUUACAACAUGCUAUAUGGAUCCCCUCCAGUUAGUUCAUCACCGACACUUACACUGGAAGGUUGUGCUCCUGCAGUUGGAUAUAAGACUGAAAAAAUAGUUGAUGAUAAAGGCACUGAUAAGCAGCCUUCAUUCAUUGAUGAGAAUGAUGAAGAGGAUAAACACCCCAAGUCUACAAUGGAUGGCUCCAUUCGUCAUCAAGGACAAGGCAUGGGUGCACUUACAAACUAUCAUAGUGAUGGCUCCCGUCUGUACAUGUUAACACCUGCAAUUAUACCCCCAUCAAGAGAUGAUGUUAAUAAAUGGCUGCUUCAUGAUGGUGUAUCGAGAGAGAAUAUAAAUGCAUCAGCAGAAGAUUCUUCUUCACCAAAGGGUUCUCUUCGCCAUGACAUGGAUCCACUAGAUAUUUCUGCUAAGCCUGUCAUGGACUCAGGCUCAACGUCUAGCAUUAAACCUCAUCUGGAUCAUGUAAAGGAGUUUGGCCUGGAACGCCAUGUUAUGAAACCAAAAAAAUGUUCUCCUGGUAUGUCAGCAAUAUCACAAGAUAUCUCUCAGAUAUCGGGUCCUGAAGGAAAAAAGCUGACUCCUUUGAGUCAAGCAGGCUUUAGGGAUCCUGCAAGUAUUGGUGCAGGACAGCAGCUGACGACGUUUAGCAUAGAGGUCCAUGCAGAUUCUAGGGGAGAUUUGAGACCUGACCCACGAUUUGAUGCCGUCAAUUUCAUAGCAGUUGUUAUCGAGGAAGAUGAUAAUUUUGCAAUCAAUAGCUAUGUUCUCUUGCGCGGUGAGAUGACAACUGUUAGAAGAAAUCUGGAAGGUAUAACUGGUUGCAAGUUGAUAGUUUGCACCCAAGAGAAGCAUUUGUUCAGUGAGUUCGUGAAAAUUAUAUGCUAUCAUGAUCCAGAUAUUCUAAUGGGCUGGGACAUUCAAGGUGGUUCACUUGGUUUCUUAGCUGAAAGGGCUGCAUUUAUUGGAAUUGGAUUGCUUAAUGAAGUAUCCCGCAUACCAUCUCAACCUAUUUUAAAUACCGGAAUUUUAGAUAUCCCAGAUAAAGAAAUGAUGAGUGAUGUGAUCCCUGAAGCAUUAAAUCCUGAAAAUGAUCUGCCAAAUGAAACAAUAAUUGAGGACGAGUGGGGCCGAACUCAUGCAAGCGGUGUCCAUGUUGGGGGUAGAAUUGUCCUUAAUCUUUGGCGGCUCGUUCGUAGUGAGGUUAAGCUUAAUAUGUACACAGCUGAAGCAGUGGCAGAAGCAGUUCUUAGAAGAAAAAUUCCAUAUAUUCAUUGUAGAACACUGACAAAGUGGUUUGCUAGUGGUCCUGGAAAAGCAAGAUAUCGUUGUAUAGAGUAUGUGUUGGACAGGGCAAGGUUAAACUUUCAAGUGAUGAACCAACUUGAUAUGAUAAACAGGACAUCUGAGCUUGCUCGUGUAUUUGGUAUCGAUUUCUUUUCUGUUCUUUCCAGAGGUUCCCAGUACCGUGUGGAAUCUAUGUUAGUGAGAUUGGCACACACACAAAAUUAUCUUGCAAUUUCUCCUGGAACCCAACAGGUUGCAUGCCAACCUGCUAUGGAAUGCUUGCCACUUGUUAUGGAGCCAGAAUCUGGGUUCUAUGCGGAUCCAGUCGUUGUUUUAGAUUUUCAAUCUCUGUAUCCAUCAAUGGUCAUAGCUUAUAAUCUCUGCUUCUGUACAUGCCUUGGAAAGGUUACACCUUCAAAGCCGAAUACGCUUGGUGUUAGUUCAUAUACACCAGACCCAAAUGUUCUGUGUGAAUUGAAGAAUGAGGUUCUACUUACUCCCAAUGGUGUUAUGUAUGUGCCUUCAAAGGUCCGAGAAGGUGUACUACCUCGUUUACUUAAUGAAAUAUUAUCGACACGAAUUAUGGUUAAGCAGGCAAUGAAGAAGUUGUCUCCAUCCGAUAAAGUACUUUAUCGGAUCUAUAAUGCAAGACAGCUUGCGUUAAAGCUAAUAGCAAAUGUGACCUAUGGGUAUACAGCUGCUGGUUUUAGUGGUCGCAUGCCUUGUGCUGAACUGGCAGACAGUAUCGUUCAGUGUGGUCGUAGAACACUUGAAAAUGCAAUUUUACUUGUGAACACACAUGAUAAGUGGAAGGCUAAAGUUAUAUAUGGUGAUACUGAUAGCAUGUUUGUGCUCCUCCCAGGACGUUCUGUGAGUGAAGCCCACCAAAUUGGAAACGAGAUUGCAUCGGCAGUAACCAAGAUGAAUCCUAAUCCAGUGGUAUUGAAAAUGGAGAAGGUCUACCAUCCCUGCUUUCUUCUUACAAAGAAGAGGUAUGUCGGGUACAGUUAUGAAAAGCCUGACCAAGUCAAACCGGUCUUCGAUGCUAAAGGUAUCGAGACAGUACGAAGAGAUACAUGUGCGGCUGUAUCCAAGACGAUGGAACAUUCAUUGAGAAACUAUUUUGAAACUCAGGAUAUUAGUAAGGUUAAACUGUACUUGCUACGUCAAUGGUCGCGUAUAUUGUCAGGCCGGGUUUCAAUUCAGGAUUUUAUUUUCGCGAAGGAAGUUCGUUUAGGAACCUACAGCUCACGUGUUUCUUCCCUUCCUCCAUCUGCAAUAGUAGCUACCAAAGCUAUAAGAGCUGAUCCUCGGGCUGAACCACGGUAUGCAGAACGAAUACCUUACGUGGUGGUUCAUGGUGAACCUGGUGCACGAUUAGCUGAUAUGGUGGUCGAUCCAAUGGAACUCUUGACAGUCGAUUCACCUUUUAGAUUAAACGACUUGUAUUAUAUCAACAAACAGAUAAUUCCAGCCUUACAGAGGGUAUUUGGGCUCGUAGGUGUCGACUUAAAACAAUGGUUUCUGGAAAUGCCACGUCCAGUUAGAGAGUUUGUUGGGAAAAACCAGUCUUAUGGACCAAAUUCUCACCGGACCAGAAUUGAUUACUAUUAUCUCUCUAAACACUGCAUCAUGUGCGGGGAGUUGGUUCAGGCAUCUGCUGCACCUUUAUGUACCAAGUGUUCAAGAAAUGAAGCUGCUGUUGCAGUGGCUGUUACUGGAAGGACAUCUAAGAUUGAAAGAGAGAUUCAACACCUUGCUGCUAUAUGCCGGCAUUGUGGAGGUGGGGAUUCAAUUUUAGAAAGCGGCAUAAAAUGUACGUCACUCGCCUGCUCUGUCUUCUAUGAAAGGCAAAAGGUACAAAAAGAGUUGCGAUCUCUUUCUAACAUUGCCACAGAAUCAGGUUUUUACCCCAAGUGUAUGGCAGAGUGGUUCUAAUUUUGUAUGUUUUGUCUGUUGUACAUCUCUCAAUCCUUUCAAGUAAAAAAGUAUAGUUUUUAAUACACUCCAAAUAACAAUAGGACAAGUACAGAAAAUGUAUUUUAGCUUAUCAUAUCAUGUAAAUCGAAUGUUCAAAAAAAAAAGCUUAUCAUAUUGUGUAAAA